CGACUCAAAACUGUUACAAAUAAAUCAUGUGUUUAUGAAAGGCCACAAAAAUUACUUUAAAUGCCUAAAAAAAUUGAAUUUGUCGCUAAAACUGCGACUAGUGAAGAUCCUAAAUAUCGGUUAACAGAAUUGAAUACCCACGGGCCUACGGUUAAAGGAUGGCAAUCGGCGAAAAACUGCCAAUAUCCUCAAGAAAUUGUAAUUCAAUUACGACAAAAAUGCUACUUGAACAAAAUACAAAUCUUAUCCCACCAGCACAUGAUAGCAUCAAAAGUGGAAUUCUAUUCUAGCAAAGAAGAGGCAGAUGAUAAUAUCGAAUGGGAAUAUAUCGGUUACGUAACCCUGACCAGUAAUGAGAGUACCGAGUUUAAGAGUAGAGAGCUCAAAUCUGCAAAUUUGCCUAAAAUCGGAGCUUAUUUUUUAAAGCUUAAUUUAUGCGAAAACCAUAAGAAUCCUUUAAAUACUUAUAAUCAGGUCAGCAUAAUAGCUUUAAACGUAAUCGGCUUUGAAUUAGAUAUUACUGAAAAUACUGAAGAAAAUGAAUUAAAUGAAAUAGAAAAGUUGAAUGAAAUACUCAAUAAUCCUGAAUACGUUUCGCCUUAUGACGAUUUGGCAUUUGAAAUGUACGUGUCGCACGAAAUUGCUCAGAUAAUAAAGAGAAUGGAAAUUAAAAAAUAUUUAGCAGUAAUAAAUGAAAGAUUCGAGUACGCGAUAAAAUUAAAAAACGCCAUGCUGAAACUGAGAACUGCAGGCGAAAAAUUGGGAAAAUACGAACUAGAGAAAAGACAUGCGAUAGAGCUGGAAGAUUACGAAAGAGCUAGCAGGAAAAAGGUUCAAAUUGAACAGUUCAGAAAUGAACUAUUCGAAGAGUUUAAUAUUGAUGAGUUGCUAGAAACUAAUGAUCAAAUUUGUCUGAAAAACGACGAAUGUUUUGACCCGUCAUCGGCCUCGGACAAUUGCAAAAACCUCUUAUCGCCAACCAUGAUUGCCAGAAGGUCCAGUUCGCCAAAUCAAAUGCAUACAAGUCAAGUGGCAUCCUCCCCGUUGCACUUGGCAAGAUACCAAAGCCCUAAAACUGGAUCGCCUUGUACAGGAAGUCCCAUAAUGAAUAGGGGAUCGUUGAGGAGGAGAAACAAGUCAGCUGGAGCUAUCGUUAAAUCUACUUACGAGAUGUAUGAGGAGAAACCAUUGCCAGCAUUGAGACAUUCACAGACGAAUGAAUUUCUUCGCGAGUGCCAAGCAGAUCCUGUCGAUUACAAAAACUCGAAACUAACAGAACGCGAAAAAAAGCAAGCCAAUUUGCCGAUUCUAGUUUUUGGCACAGACAUUGUGGAGAAGUUCUACUCAAAGCACUAUUCCGAUAAAGAAGAGGGCCUCAAUCAGCUGAAAAGCGAACUUUUACAAUACGACAACACGAAAAUGCACACGGCCAAUAAAACGGCCAGAGCCGCAGUUUUUUUGUUGCAUCGGGCUUUACGGGAUAAAGUUUUUACGGUUUACAAUUUGGCCAACGAAGUUAUCCGAAUGUUUUUUGUACAAUUUGUACCUGGAAGGGUUCUACCAGCAGAAGUAUCGCGAAGUGUUGACAAACUAUUACCAGAAUUAUUGACAAAAUCUGGAGACACUAGCGCUAGAAUUCAUCAUAUGGCUGUGCAUACUAUAUUGACGAUGGCAGAUGUGAAAUCUGUAAGAGAUCUUCAUAUAAUUCCAGUACAUUUGAGUAGGCCAGUUAGUAGCAGCACUCAUCCUAGAUUAGCGCUAAGUAGAGCUGAAAUGGUCGAACAGCUCAUAUUGAAUCAUGGAAUUUCGACUGAUAAGCAAAGUGGUUUAACGUGUAGAACACUAUCCGAAUUCGGAUCGAGCGGUUUACAUCAUCCAGCUGAGGCUGUACGAAAAGUAUCCGAAAGAAUUUUGGUGCUUGUAUACAAAGUCAAUCCGCGCAUGGUCAGAAAACAAUUACCGCCCGAUGACGAUAUUACCCGAAGAAAUUUACUCUACCGACAAUUGUUUCACGAAUUUGAUAAUAUAGACAUGCAGCGCAAACGUGAACUUUUAGAAAGAAAUCGUGUAAUCCAACAAUGUCCUAACGGCAUAAUAAGUCCUGAGCCAAAAGAGCCCAUCAGAAACGAAAUUAGCAAGUGCAUCAGCACAGGAAACAUCGAACACAUAAUUAACAAUGACAAGUCCAACAAAAACUAUUCCUUAUCCAAAAGCCAAAGCGGCGGUAACAUCAACAUCAACAAUGGUACAAGACAAGAGGCUGAAAGUUCUAGUUCGGCCAGUGGCGUUUCGAGUCCGACAUAUUCCUCCCAACAAAACCAUACUGAACGGCACUGUAUUUUUUGCAAUCAGCCCGAAAAAGUUAUACUACUCACUUGUAAUUCGAUGAAUUCGCAUUACUGGCGCCACUGUCCCAUGUUGGUGAGGUGCAAGUAUUGCAGUCAAGUGGUCGAAGUUGCCACUUUGACCGAACAUUUGUUGAUGGAGUGCGAACAAACCGAUAGGUUUAUGCAGUGCACUCAAUGUACCGAGGCUGUGAAUAAGGAGAAAUAUCAUGUGGAACAUUUGAGAGAGUGUGUUGAACUACCAGAAGGAUUUACAAGGUGUCCAUUGUGUCAUAAAAAUUUGGAAAGCAACGAUCUUUGUUGGAAAAAUCACUUCAUGGGAUUAAACCUUUGUCAAAAAAAUACCAGGGUGAAAAGCUCGACUCCUAAACAGGUUACAAUACAAGUUUAGUAUUCAAUAAUUUCAAAAUUAUCAAUUUAUCUUAACAAUUAAUAGUUCUCGUUCUCAAUACAAAAUUUCAUAAUACACUAGCCUUGGAUUAUGUAUUACUGAGAAAAAUUCAUAGAUAAUUACUAUAUACUGGUUAACUAUAUUUUAAAUAGAUGAAAGUUCACCCUUUAACAAGUUCACAUUCUCUCUCUUAAUCACUCAUCAAUAUAAUCCAAGGUUUAAGGUUUUGAUAUUCUUCUAACUAUUCCGUCCUUUGUUACCUUUACACAUUAUAAAAUUUGGCCAUUUUUUAAAAAUCAAACUAUCGGGUAGAGUAAAUGGGCCACCCAUUUUUAAAUUUUUCAUAAUCAACACUACACUAGCAAUCUGUUUCCACAAUAAUGCAAAAAAAAUUUAGGGUAGCCCUUUUAUUUUGCACCAGAGUGUACACAUUAGCAAAUUAAAUUUGCUAGUCGUAUCACUGAAGUGUUUUUCUUUUUAUUAAUAAAAUUGUAUGUAUUUGGAAUUUUAUUAAAAUAAAGUCAAGAUAUGGCUGUGAAUAUUUGAAAGGGGGAUUUAUGGAAACUUAUAUGGGUAAGCUUUUUGUUUAAUGCACUUAUUUUCCUUAAUCAAAUUGCAUCAACAUGCUACAUUGUGUUUUAAAACUUGUAAUUAUUAAAAAAAAAACCUUAUUUUGGUCUUAUUUAUUUUUCCUCUUCCUCGACGACGUUGGCUGUUGCUGGUUCAUCAGGCUUUUCAUCAUCUGGUUUUUUGAAUUUACUUAUUU